GACAGACGGGCGAAAUCUCUUUCACGAUCACGAGGCGUAGCUGUCAGUAUCGUCGUCUGCUAGCGGAACGACUAACGUCCACUUAAGUUCUCUGACUUUCUUUGUUAAACAGAGACACAAGUUGAAUCAUACUUUGACCGCUUUACUUGCACGUGACUGCGCGGAAACCAAGUUCAAAGGCCGAAGUUUCAUUUUCUGGGCCUAAACACAUCCUCCACCGGUCGGCUGUCUGUGUCUAUCGGUGCCGUCGGCUGCUACGCCAGAGUUUGAAGUUCAAGCUUUAUGCACUUUGGCAGCUAUUUAUGUUAAAACAGAAAUAUCACCUGAUCAGGAAAAACAGAAACCAUGGCUAUUGGAAGACUCAUCCGGGCUGUUAUUUUAGGAGCACCUGCCUCUGGGAAAGGCACUAUAUCAGACAAGAUAACCAAGCGUUUUGCAAUGGAGCAUAUAUCCAGUGGGGAUCUAUUGAGGUGGAAUAUCCAGAAUAAAACUGAAUACGGACAACAAGUCAAGUCUUACAUGGACAAGGGUGAGCUCGUUCCAGAUGAAGUAGUUACCAACCUUGUAUUCAGUGAGUUAGAGAAGAUAAAAGAAAACAGUUGGCUGCUGGAUGGCUUUCCUCGGACAGAGAAGCAAGCGAUGGAUUUGAUGGGAUCUUAUCCUGUUGAUCUAGCCAUCAAUAUUGUUGUACCAUUUGAAGUUAUUGUGGAAAGAGUCCAAGGACGUUGGGUUCACUUACCUAGUGGUAGAGUAUACAACACAGGUUUCAAGCCUCCUAAGAAUGAGGGUAUUGAUGAUAUUACUGGAGAGCCGCUCGUGCAAAGAGAGGAUGAUAAGCCAGAAGCUGUAUUGAAGCGGCUAGAUAUUUACAAGAAAACUGUAGAACCACUUUGUGCUUAUUACAGAUCAAAAGGAAUUCUGGUCGACUUUCCUGGACGCACUUCAGAGCAAAUUUGGCGUGCUCUUCAGAAGUACUUGGAAUCCAGAAUUGAACCAAUACAUUAUGAAAAGUGACAAACUUUCCAUGCAGUAUUUACUCAUGUGAUAGGGCUGUUUAUGAUACAAUAGAUGCUUUUAAUCGGCUGGGAUAGGGGUAAGAUGCAGAGGACAAAAGGUGUAAGAGCUGGUACUUUAACUUCCUUAGUUCUCUACAUCCAUGUUAGACUUAUCCUUUAUUUUUCUGUAGACCUUGGUUGAAAAGAAAAGAGGUAUUGGUAUUCUAUGAAGUCGUCUUUGAAUUUGAAGCAACAUUUGUCUCUGAUCGAACUGGAAUAGAAACUUCGUUUUGGUUUAGAGGCCCUGUUGUUUUAAGAUGAAUAAGUUUUGCAUGUAAGACUGUGAUAAGAAAAUUUGCAAAACAAACUAAUGGAAUUGCUUUGAAAUGGUAAUGGAUGUCUUUCUUUAGGUUUUAGUAGUCUAGUCAAUAUGAUCAUUGUUUUAUAAGGAGACUGGGAGUGUAAAGGUCUGAUAGAUCUUCUACACUCAUUUAUUAAUAAUUAUUGGUACUUAAAUUGUAUUAACAAAUAGGGAAUACCAUUGUAGCUAUUACUACUUUUGUAAACAUGCAGAAAGACGCACAAAAUAGAUCCACCGAUAAUGUAAAGCUGUCCGCAUAACUUUUCUAUAAUAUUGUAGAAAAUGACAUAAAGAAAUUGAAAUUAAUUAUAUUUUUGUUUUUAUGAAAUUUUAACAAGGACAAUUUUCCUACCUUUGUACCAUUUGUAACACACUCCCCCAUGUUGCAAGGAAAAAAAAGAAAUCUGUGGCAAUACUGA